AUGGCCACAGAGAACAUAGGAAUGCUACCGUCCCUACGGCAGCAGAAUUUGCUGGCCGAAUUUGCUGGACUCAAGCAGUCGUGUCCCCCGGGCAUCUUCGUCAGUCUAACACCAGGUGACCCUUCAUUGUGGUCGGGUGUGAUCUUUGUGCGGAAAGGUCCUUACGCUACAGCCAUCCUGCGGUUCUGCAUCUCGUUCCCAGCUACAUAUCCCGCGCUGCCACCGCUCGUCACGUUUUCCACCGACAUCUUCCAUCCUCUCAUAACGCCUCUGUCGACAUACAUGUACACCACAGACAUUCAAGAGGGCGGCACGGUCAGCGCAACCGACGACGAGCGUCUACCACCUGGGGGCUUCAGCCUGAGGCACGGUUUCCCAGGCUGGUUUGGCCGCGUGGGGGCGGCAGGGACAGCAACUCCAUCAUUCAUGGAUGUACACAAGAGGGAGAUCUCGACCUUCGAGGUUUUGAGUUACAUCCGCAGCUCGUUUGAUGACGAGAACGUGUUGGACCUAGUCCCCCUGGAGGCCGCUGGGAAUCCAGGGGCUUGGCAUGCCUGGAGAACUCACCGGGGCUAUCAUGCCUUGCCCGAAGGUGACCCAUCUGCUAGGAAGCCUGGGGAGUGGAACUGGGAGGGUGUGUGGGAAGAAAGGGUGAAGAAGGGCAUCGCGGCGUCCCUGUCAGAACCGGUGCUGUACGGGGGCGUUGGUGGAGGCGAUGAUACGAUCCGUUUCCUCAGCAUGGAGGACACUGAAGUCGAGACAGUCAAAGACAAUCUCUACAAGACCCUAGGCGAGUCGGCAAGAGCAGACCCUCUGGCUGUGCCUUCUGCCAACUCUUGA